UACUUGGCUCCUUCCCUUUUCCUCCCUCACUAAGUCUCUUCUUCGUAUAUACAUAUAUUAGCCUUCAUCAUCUUCAUCGGUUUCUGUGUUCGUAUUCGGAUCUCCGGCGAAAAAUGGAAUCCUCUGCAAACCCUAACCAAAAGCAACGAUCUUCGCUUUACCCAGAAGUUGAUUUCUCGAACCCAGAAGCUCCUCCCUCAAAUCCUACUCCUUCCUCUUCUUCCAAUCUAUACCCUUCUCUCGAUAUGCACGAUCUUGUCGACAAUCUCUUCCCGGACCCGCCGGAGGAUGACCCGGUCCGGUUUCACGCCUCCGCUCCCCCUCCGGCGACGGAGGAGGUGAUCCUGCGGAUUCCCGGCGCGAUUCUCCACCUCAUCGACCAGUCCUACAGUGUCCAGCUCGCUUGCGGCGAUCUCACCGUUCUCAGUCUCGUGCAGGGCGGGAAUGUCAUCGCCGUUCUCGCUCGCGUCGCCGACGAGAUCCAGUGGCCGUUGACCAAGGACGAAGCCGCAGUGAAGGUCGAUGACUCUCAUUACUUCUUCUCCCUCCGUCCCGCGAAGGAAUGCGGUUCGGAUUCCAGCGAUGACGAGGCACCCAGCAAAAACCCUAAGUCGAAACCGGCGGAAGAGAACGCUAUGCUGAACUACGGUUUGACGAUUGCAUCGAAGGGGCAAGAGCCGUUGCUUGAGCAACUUGAUCGAAUCUUGUCGGAUUACAGCUGUUUUACAGUGCAACAAGUCUCGGAGAAGGCGAAGGAGAAAGGGGUAGAGGUGUUGGAUGCGACAGUGGCGAAGGACACUUCACCGGCGGAGCUGAAGGGGGAGAGAAAGGAGAUGAUGGAGAAGCAAUGUGCUGCGUAUUGGACGACGUUGGCGCCAAAUGUGGAGGAUUACAGUGGGAAGACAGCGAAGCUGAUCGCUGCUGGUUCUGGGCAACUGAUAAAAGGGAUUCUCUGGUGUGGGGAUGUGACCAUGGAUCGGCUCAAAUGGGGAAACGAGUUCAUGAAGAGGAGGAUGACGAAGGGCGAGAAGGAGAAGGAGAUUAGCCCUGACACCUUGAAAAGGAUCAAGAGGGUGAAGAGGAUGACCAAGAUGACUGAGAGAGUUGCCAAUGGCGUGCUCUCUGGCGUUAUAAAAGUUUCUGGUUUCUUCACGAAUUCUGUGGCAAACACCAAAGCCGGGAAGAAAUUCUUUAGCCUUCUUCCCGGAGAGAUCGUUCUUGCAACACUUGAUGGAUUCAACAAGAUAUGUGAUGCUGUCGAAGUAGCAGGAAAGAAUGUAAUGGCAACCUCGUCAACUGUCACAACUGAACUCGUUGAUCACAGGUAUGGAGCAAAGGCGGCUCAUGCCACGAACGAAGGGUUAGACGCUGCAGGGCAUGCUAUAGGAACAGCAUGGGCUGCAUUCAAGAUCCGAAAGGCCAUCAACCCGAAAAGUGUUCUUAAACCUUCAACGCUUGCAAAGUCAGCAGCAAAAGCUGCAGCUGAAGAGAAGUUCAAAAAGGGCUCCAAGUAGAUUAAAAGAGUUCCAGACAAUUUGAGUUUGGUUCUCAUUUCGUGUUCUAAACUGCUGUUUUGUAAUGUCUCUUGAUACAAUACAAGAACUAGUCAUAUUAGAUUUGGUC